AAGCAGAAAGCGUUUUGACCAAAACCUACUGAGGAAGCGAUCGAUGUACAGAGUAUAGUGCUCCAACAGGUUCCUCUGCAAGAAACGACUUUCGAUUUCAAACUUUCUAAGAUGAGGUCAUUCCGCAAAGCUGAGAUGACUGUAUUGCUCCUGGUUUCUCUGCUGUGUCUGGUGUUUAUGUUCUUCAAUAGGACAGACACUAACCAGCUGUUAAGAAAGGUGGAAAGGUCUUCUCCUGGCACAGAGUGGCCCUUUGAGAGCCAGCAUCCUUCCCUGGUGGAACAGCCAGUGCCCGAGUGCAAGGAGAAUGCCUCUGCAGCCAACAUCUCAGGGUUCUCCACACUUCCCCAACACAUCCAGGACUUUCUCCGGUAUCGGCACUGCCGGAAGUUUCCUCUUAUACUGGACGUCCCUGAGAAGUGCGGCAAGACAGCCCAAGAUUCGGUUGACGUCUUCCUGCUGCUGGUGAUCAAGAGCUCUCCUCCGAACUACGACAGGAGGGAGGUAAUCCGCAAGACCUGGGGUGCAGAGCGGAGGGAAAACGGGGUCUGGAUUCGGCGGAUCUUUAUUUCGGGAAACACAGAAAACCCCAAGGAUGCUCGCCGGAUGAACCGUCUCCUGGAGCUUGAGCACAAGGAGCACCGUGACAUCCUGCAGUGGGACUUCAAGGACUCGUUCUACAACCUCACCCUCAAGCAGGUGCUGUUCCUGGAGUGGAUGGAGGUGAGGUGCCCACACGUCCACUUCCUCCUCAAUGGGGAUGAUGAUGUCUUCGCCAACACAGACAACAUGGUGGAGUACCUGCAAGGCCAGGAGGGCAACAGUGGGAGCAAGCAUCUCUUUGCAGGGCACCUGAUCCGGUGGGUGGGUCCAAUCAGGGAUGUCGGAAGUAAAUAUUACAUACCGGUUCAAGUGGAAGAGUCCAACUCCUACCCUCCUUAUUGUGGCGGGGGUGGGUUUCUGCUGUCAGGAUUCACUGCCAGGACCAUCUACAAGAUGUCCUUCAAUAUCACCUUGCUGCCCAUUGACGACGUCUACAUGGGCUUGUGCCUGAAACAGGCAGGACUGGAACCCGUAUCGCACAUGGGAGUCAGGACUGCAGGGCUGUACGUUCCCUCCAAGCAAAUAGACCCUUACAAUCCUUGCUAUUACCGCGAGAUUCUGUUAGUGCACCGUUUUCUGCCUUACGAGAUCCUAAUUAUGUGGCAUGACAUCCACGACCCCCAACUCAACUGUAACGUUGGCCUCUAGGUGGCAGGCAGACCAUGGCAUUGAUGACUGUGUUGUUCUGAACCAUCAAUAGCCUUUCUUUAUGAUGCAUUGCUUUAAUCUCAAGCAUUAUUUAGGGUUAAGUCAACUUGGCUCUUUCUGUCCAUUCAAUUGUACUCUAUUCCAAUGAGGGCCUUAAUUAAAUAAUUGAUCUUGGUGUAAUUAUUAUUUUGGUGCAAAAGGGAAAAAAAAGAAAAAGUUUUUAAGAAACCAUAGCAGAGUGAUUAGCAGAUUACUGUAAAUAAUUUGGAUUGAAUAGCAGUCCUGAUGCCAUACCAUUGUUCAUUGGUUUAUAUUACUGUUGCCAUACCAUUGAUAUGUUACCGCUGUCAUCAAUGGCUCCUUAGUGCUUGUUAUCAUAGAACAAUUGCAUCGCCAUUGGAGAUCCUUUCUAAACGAUUGGCUGCAGUUGGCAGGAUGACUUCAUUUACUGACUACAAAACAUCUCCAUGACCAUGUGCGUGAACAAAUGAAGUUUCCAAAUGUACCACAGGGCAGAGCAUUGGGCUGCCAUUGCUAAGCAGUUUGAGCAAUUCCAGGUUUGAAGUAAUAGUAGCUACCAGGAAUCCGAUCCAUUUUCCAGGUAGGUCUCCAAUGUUCAGUUGGUGAUGACGUGACAUCACUAGCUUAAGCAAAUCUCAGUUUGCAGGUCUUGUUUUCGAAUCUUGCACUUUCCAGGUGAUUUUCAGGCUCUGUCGCUAACCAAUCAGCUGCUUCCCCUAUUGACUGACACUCUUUCCAACCAGAAAGAUACUUUGAGCCCACAGACACUACUUGAAAUGCCCUGGGCAGUGCAAGGGUAACAGCUUUCCUGGACUGCAAGGUAAGGCAGGAGAGCUGACAACUGGCUUUUACAGAGCGUGGUGCCAGAUGUCAUGUAUUUACAUUUGAAAAUGAAAAUGCAUGUUUUCUGGAAACGUUUCAUGAACUCAUUUUGCUCAGCACCUCUAACGGGGAAAUUAAAAGUGCGGUGUCCCAGACAGUUUUGAGAAUCUUCUUUUUUUUUUUUUUUUUUUUUUUUUACCUUUGUAACCCUGUGUUGAAAAUAUCAGAUGUCUUUUUGCAUUAUCAGUGAGAGAAGCGGGGAAGUGGGAGGGCUGGAGGUUUUAACCUACAUAAUCUCUGAUCUUGCAGUUAUCUUUUCGAACCUCCUGAUGACAUUAGGAGCUAGCUAUGCAACCAUACAAGCAGAUUGUAAGCUUGUGUCUCUAUUGCUAAAACCUGGGAAAUGAAAAAAAAAAAAGUUUGUCAGGAGAUUAACCAGGUAAGCUUCUAACAACAUCAAGAGUGUCUCAAACUGCACUGCAAUGGGAAUUCCAUGUUUAAAUAUACAAAGAAAAUUGCUUUAGGCAACAUGUUCAUGCAUUGUUUUGUAAUAUUGUUAAAGCCAUAAACAGUGCAGUGUGUGAAUUGCAGUUUUAAACAGCUUAGUAGUUCAAGACUGUGAUAUGGUGCUGUUGACUGCACUUGGACAAUGGUGUAAAAUGUGAUUACUACUUUCUCAGGGUGAGUCGGGGGGUUUGCAGGGAAGUCUAAAUUUGUGUUGGGUAUUUAUUAAACUGUAGUGAAACAUU